GUGAGUGUCGAAGCGACUCGCGCACGACGAACACGUUGCAGUUUGCACGAAGGAAGUCGCGUCGCGAGUCUCGGUCGGUCUUCGUUGGUCUUCGUGAUCCAUUUGCGCUCGGUAUUAUCUCCACCUCUCGUCGCUGGAAUCUUGGCCGAUUCGGAGUAACGAGGAGGUUCGAGGGUUCGCGAGUUGCCAAUCUUUCUCACGGAGCAGUUGAAGAUUUCGCAACAACGGAUCGCGAAACGGGACCACCGUAUACCCUGGAUAGCCGCCAACGCGCUUGAACCGAGGCUGCAUGGCAACGCCGUCGAAAACGCCGUAGGAAAAUGUCCAGGAAGCGCACUAGGGAGGAAACUAUGCUGGCUACUUUGUCCCACCAGAAUAGCGUCAAUGGAGAGAGAGCAUCUUGCUCCAGGGAGGACUCUCCGGUUCACGCUUCAAUUUGUAAAGAAGCACCUUUCAGCGAUGAAUCAGAGGCUAUUACAGAGAGGAACGCAUGCGAUUAUAACAUGCGAAUUACUUUAAAACAAGCAAGAAGUGGUAAAGUUCCUAGGAAAAUUAGAGUUUACGCCGAUGGUAUCUAUGAUCUCUUUCACCAAGGACACGCACGGCAACUUUUACAAGCUAAGAAUAUUUUUCCAAAUGUUUAUCUUAUUGUUGGAGUAUGUAACGAUGAAUUGACACAUAGUAAAAAAGGAAGGACCGUAAUGACAGACUUAGAAAGGUAUGAUGCUGUUAGGCAUUGUAGAUACGUAGAUGAAGUUGUUCGAGAUGCACCGUGGGAGCUUGAUGAUGAAUUUUUGAAAAGGCACAAGAUUGACUUUGUUGCUCAUGACGAUAUACCGUACAUGACUGAUGAUGGAUCGGACGUUUAUGCUAAAUUAAAAGCUAAAGGUAUGUUUGUAGCCACACAGAGAACGGAGGGUGUUUCUACAUCGGAUAUCGUUGCGAGGAUAGUCAAAGAUUAUGACAUAUACGUCAGAAGAAAUCUCGCACGAGGUUACAGCGCAAAGGAACUUAAUGUGUCUUUUCUCAAUGAAAAAAAAUUUCGCCUACAAAACAAGUUUGAUGACCUAAAAGAUAAGGGAAAGCGAGUAAUGGAAAACAUUGGCGAGAAACGAAUGGAUAUGAUAAGCAAGUGGGAAGAGAAAUCUCGGGAUUUUAUCGAUGCUUUCCUCUUACUCUUCGGAAGAGAAGGCAGACUGUCAACAAUUUGGAAUGAGAGUAAAGGCCGCUUAAUGCAAGCUUUAUCUCCACCGGCAAGCCCGAAAAGGGAUGGUAGUCCAAGCAGUAGUAAUAGCAGUAACAACGACGAAGACCAGACAAGUCCACCACCAAAGAAAACGGGACGCUUUGAGUUUUCACAAAAUAAUCACUAUUUGAGUGAUGAUUAUAGUGAUGAUGAAGAAGAACAUCUACACUCCAAAUGAUAACUAAUUACAUUAAAGAGGCAUAUAUUCUCACUGACCAAAACAAACGUGCAAUUUUUAUUUAUUACCUUAAAAGUUUAGAUGUAUUUUCAUACACGAACUGCUGAUGAUGCUACUAUGCUUAAAUGGAUUUUGUAUGGUAUUAGCUAGUGUUAUACAUUAAAAUUUCCUGUCGUGAUGUAA